AUGACAACAAAUAAACCAUCAUUCAGUUACUUUAAAGUUUUAGUUCUUGGUCAACUUCCAAGAUUCACUUUAAAUUAUUUUGGUACCGAUUUUACUGAUAAUUAUGUCGAGUCAAUUGAUGAUGAAUUCAGAAAAACCCUUAAAUUUGGUCAAUUACCAUUAUUUGUUGACUCAGAUGGUUUCAGAUUAACUCAAACAGAUGCUAUUUGUAAAUACAUUGCCGCUAAACAUGAUUUCCUUGGAAAAUCAAUUAAAGAAAGAGCAAUCGUUGAUGAAACAAUCGCUGCAGUUCAUGAUGAUGUUAUUAUUCCAGGUUAUAAAGUUGGUAAAGGUGUUGAAGAUAAAAAAGUUAUUGACACAAUCAUUUCAAGACAUUUCACAACUUUUGAAAAUGUUUUAGCUGAAAACAAAUUCAUUGCUGGUGGUGAUAACUAUACUCUUGCUGAUUUAUAUGUUUUUGUUGCUUACCACUAUUAUAAACAUUUAGGACAUUCUGAAAAGUUCCAAAAUAAAUUCCCACAUUUGGAAGCUUUACAAGCUCAUUUCGAAUCAAAUAAAGGUAUUGCUGAAUAUAUCAAAAAUAGACCAGAUUCUGGUAGAGGUAUUUAA